CUUUAAUUCAUUUCGGUUCUCUUCCGCCAUGCAACGUCCACAGUUGGCUUUUGGCACGAAACGCCCGAAUCAACACAUCAAUAUUUUGAACCUCGCACAAUAUGGAUAUAUCCAACUCGCAGCAAAGCGUCGAGGGCACCAAUACGUCAGCACCAUCACAACCACCAUGGCCUUCAUCUCCUCCAGAUGCCUUGUCUCUCUACGGAAUUGCCCGUCGCUAUUGCAGAGAAAGGAUCCUUGUCAAUCCACUACGCUGGACCAACCGUCAGCUUGAGCUUCUACGGAUCUCCUUCAGCGAACCGUCUCUUGCGCCGCCACCAGGCAUCUCAAAGUAUACUGGUAAACGCGCUGGUUUAACUCUCAUAAAUGAUUAUUACGACAAGUACCAUGACUAUUACAAGCGCGUAGACUGCGUUCGUAGUUUGUUCGAAGAGGAGCAAGGCCCAUUUGCAGUCACACCUUGGCAAAGUUUUGCUUUUCCACAUGAUCUUACAACGUCUGUUCGCUGCCAUGCUUUGUUCUAUCCAUACCCUGUCGAUUGGUUAAACAGUUAUCCGGUUGCUGCAUAUAUCGAUCGUGAUUUUGUCGAAGGUCUUCGAGAGAAAUCAGUACAUCUUCCGAAAUACAGCUCUAGUAACCUUCCUAUGCAAGCAAUAAGCCGUCUUCAGUUGAAAAAGAUUCGCCCGGAAAACCCAUUGAAGGAUCCAUAUAUCGCGGCGCUGAUGAUUGCUCUCGCUCAAAACACGUGGGGCCAUGUGGAAUGGGAAAGACCCGAACUCCUACCUAUGUUGAAGACAUAUCCGUCGUAUGUUUUGACCUCGUCUGAAUCUGCAGAAUGUAUGCACCUCUUCAAGGCCGAGCUCCCGUCUUCUUUGUUGGACAUGUUCGAAUUUCCUACUGUCGCUCCACCACCAUGGGCGCCCAUCACUAUUGAGGUUUUCACGAUCCCGUUUGAGCCUGCUCUUACCUUUCGUGAUCGGCUUUCCGCUCUGAUAGUUACAAGAAAUAUAGAUCCUUCCAAUGACAAUCCUCCCAAUAGAGAUCCUUCCAAUGGAAAUCCUUCCGAUGGAAACAAAAGGAAAAGGACAAGCAAUAGAAGGGGGUGAAUUUAUCCAUUGAGUUUUUAGCUCCCAGCUGUCUGCUGUAAGAUCAGACUUUCAAGGAUUCUUACGAGUAUUGAAUAGUUCACGGGGGUCACACUCAAGUAACAUGAAGACGAGCUAUUCCACUUAUACUUAGAUGCUCUCAAGGCCGUAAUAGCUGGAUGAUGUGUAUUUGAACUGGAACGAGGCGAUAGUUUGGGGCACAAGAACUACACAUCUCCUAAUGAAUCCUCCAUAUCGAAAUGUUCCUCAGUCCAACAGCCGCCGUAGAAUCAAUGGAGUUCUUCACUCAGCGAAGCUAUAGUAGUCACAGUGUCGCUGCUUGAGGAUCUCUCUAGCCUUAUCUUACUUACACUUUCAGUCAUUUUGAUAGAAAAU